AUGAGCGGUGCACAAUACGCUUCCAGCGGCCGGGGUGGCGCUGGCAACUUCGUCGACUCGACCAAGAGCCCCAAGAUUCAACCCGCCGACCUACAGACGCCCACCCUGAAGACGAACUUGGUGACCACUGGCAGGGGUGGCGCUGGCAACAUGGCGGCGAACACCGACCCUGUGGAGACGCGUGCCCGCCAGGACGUUGAGCCUGUCGUCCGCCGCGAGAGUCAGGGUGCUCAACACGCCGGCCGUGGUGGUGCCGGCAAUGUCUUCAAAGGAGAGGAGGCCGAGCAAGCCAAGCACGCCUCAAACGACAGUGCGAUCGAGGACAAGGUGGAGGGUCUGGCGGCCAAGGGCAAGGCGCUGUUCUUCGGGAAGAAGGACAAGCAGCAGACCACCAAAUCCUGA